CCGGUUUACAUAGAUCUCGCUUGGCAGCCUUACCUAAGUCAGAUCAUAGCAAUCAGCAUCUUCUUCUUCAUCAGACCCUAUCUUCGACCCGAGAUCCAGAAUGGGUAACAAUCAUAUAAUCACCCAUCUACCGAUAUACAAAGCUGCAUUACACGACGAUUGGGAUUCUGUAAGUGAAAUGUUCAAAAACGAUCCAGGCCUAAUGACCAAACCGAUAACAAUGUGGGGGGAGACGCCGUUACUCAUCGCCAUUGGGACAGAUCGCUCCCAUCGUUUUGUGGAGAAGCUUGUGAAACGGCUCAUAGAUGUUGGUGCCAAGGAUAAGUUAAUUAUGGGGAAUCAAGAUGGAACUAACCCACUCCAUUAUGCUGCUAUGGUUGGAAACACGACUGCUGCAAGGCUUUUGGUGGAACAUGCGGCGGAUAUGACACAUGUUCCGAAUUUUGAUGGUAAUAAUCCAUUGAAUAUGGCCGCCUUGCAUGGAAACAAGGAGACGCUGGAAUACUUGCUGACGGUGACUCAAGAUUUACUUCCGGAGGAGGGAGGGAGUAGUCUUUAUGCCGGAGUUGCUGGCGGAGAUCUCAUUACUCUCACUAUUAUGAGUGGAUUCUACGAUGUGGCGUUAGAAAUAAUCGAUCUGCACCCAAACGUCGUGUUGGAAAAGGACCGCGACGGCAGAACGGCUUUGCAAAUAUUGGCUCAAAAACCUGAAAUAUUUCCAAGUGGAAGCAAGCUUGGAUUUUGGACACGAUUCAUAUAUUCAUUGAUACCUGUGAAGAAGAGAGGUAGACACACUAAUGAAAUCAACAUCUUGUUAAGAACUUUUGACAAGUUUACUGCUGGAUUUUGGAGCGCCCUUCAAUACGUGGCUCCAACAAUCAAGUAUAUCCACGAUAUCAAAGUAAACAAUAAUCUGAGCAGCUUACUCGUAGAACGUAUUUGCAAAAUCGUUAUAGAACAGGUCGAUCAUGACAUAGCCUGGAACAUAUUCGGAUCGGCAAUAGCUAGUGCGGUCACAUAUGGGAUUCACGAGCUUGUUGAGGAAUGCAUACUAACUUACCCAGGCAUCAUCUGGUACAACGUUGACGGGUACUAUUUGUUCAUUUUAGCCAUCAAACAUCGCCAAGAACGGGUGUACAAUCUUGUGUACCAAAUGUCUCGCUUCAAAGUAUGGACAACGGUACAAGUUGAUGGAUAUGUUAAAGAGAAUGCGUUACAUAAAGUUGCCCAGUUAGCUCCACCACAUCGACUUGGUGUUGUGACGGGUUCAGCUUUACAGAUGCAGCGUGAGCUUCAAUGGUUUCAGGAAGUCGAAAAAUCAAUUAAACCUUCCUAUAUAGAAGCUUUGAACAUACAUGGACAAACGCCAAGAAUGGUUUUCACCGAAGCCCAUAAAGAUUUACUUGCAGCAGGUCAACAAUGGAUGAAAGACACCGCAUCUUCAUGUACUGUGGUAGCAGCUCUCAUAGUAACAAUGGCAUUUGCAGCCGCGUUCACUCUCCCAGGCGGAAAUCAAGACGAUGGCAAACCGAUUUUCCUAACCUCCAACACGUUUAUGCUUUUUAUCGUAUCAGUUGCUGUUGCAUUAUUCUCUUCGUCAACUUCAGUGUUGAUGUUUUUAAGUAUUCUUACUUCCCGAUACGCAGAAGAUGACUUCCUUUACGCCUUACCAAAAAGACUGACGAUUGGACUUCUUUCGUUAUUCACGUCGAUAGCAGCAACUAUGAUUGCAUUUAGUUCGGCUCUUGCACUCGUGCUUAAAGAUAAGGUUACAUGGAUUGCGGCUCCACUUGUUAUAGCGACGAGUAUUCCGGUGUGUUUGUUUGGCUUGUUGCAGUUUCCUUUACUUGUGGAGCUAGUUAAGUCCACAUAUGGAAGAAGCAUUUUUCACCAGCAGAAUGAUCGGUUGAUUCACUAACUCGUUGCAUUGUAACCGGCAGAAGGAUUCGUUAGAUAACUGUUUGUAUGGAUACAUGUUUGUAUUAUUUAACCAUUGAGGAUGCGGCUAACUUUUAGUGACACAUUCUCUCUUUUCCU